UGUUAUUCAUUGCUUAACUAGCAAAUAUGAGUAUAAAAGAAUCCUAGAACUGUUGAUUUAUCAGACUCGAAGUUUUGAAGUAUCAUAAGAAACUGACGUCAAAUCGAUUUAAGGGCAAACAUGUCUCGAGUUAUACUAAUUAGCAUUUCCCUUAUUGUUUCUUUUGUUGUUUGUACUCAUGCGCAAGAUUUUCCGUGUCCUGGAGAAAAUGAAGAGUUUCACGGAUGUGGAGCUUGUGACAGCACCUGCAAAUCAGAUAUAGCUUGUACAAUGGAGUGUAGAAGCGGAUCAUGUGGAUGUAAAUUUGGAUACGUGAGGAAUGAUCAAAACAAAUGUGUUCAUCGCAAUGAGUGUCAUUCUUCCAUUUCAAGAUUGGGAAAAUAAUUUCAUAAAACAUGUCAAUUGGAUUUUUUAUUGUUAAGAGAAAUUAUUAACUAUUAACUAAAAAAUCAAUAAUACUAAAAUUACCGAUAUUUAAUUAAUAACUUUUGUGUUUUUUUAAUAAUUUUUUCCUGACCUUAAAUAUAUUUCCAGUUAAUCAA